UCACUCUAAAAUCAUGAUUUUUCAAAAUAAAAAAUCGGUAGAUGUUGUUAAAAUAAGCGCAGCUUUAUUCUGCUUAACGCAGUGUAACUGCCCGUACAAUUUAUUUAUUAUGUAUAACAUAAGUUUCUUAUUCUAUAAAAUGAAAUCAUUCGCAUACGAAUAAAAUAAAUUAAAAUCAAUAGCUAAGGAAAGAAAUCACAAGCGUAGUCAUACGCAACGCGCCGCGAAGAGAAAUAACCAUGGGAUAAGCAUCGAAUAAGGAAAAAUAGCAUUCGAUCGCUUACUGUACAGCGUACAGUCUUACUCUUCGUGACGAGUCGGGUAAACUCGGAAUAUGUUGGCUACGUUCGGUUUGAGCGCUCACGCGCUGUAAGUAUCAUUCUAUCUUCGUUGCACAUCGAAUAUCAAACGAAGAUAGAGCGAUGCUUAUAGCACGUGAGCGCCCAAACCGAACGCAGCCAACGUGUCAGGGUCUAGUAUCGUGCAAUAUAAACAAAUCAGCCAGUGCAACGCGAAGUGCAACGUGAAUUAAUUAAUUUUUCCAUUUACAAGUGCAACAAAUUAAUCAAUUUUUCGUGAAUUCUUUAGUGUUCUGCUGUACAGCAACUCGUCAUUGAAUUGUUUUACGGAGGUAAGUUUCAUAAUACGGAGGUACGUUCAAUAAUUAAUUGAUUUCAAUUCGUCGGUACUUUUUUAGCACGUUUUUUAGGUUAGAUACACAUUUAGGUUAUGUCAGACACAUUUUUCCCGUAUGGGAAAAAUGUGUACACUUGUGUUUGUAAAGAUUAAAUUAUAUUUUAUAAUCGUUUAUGAUGACAUCCAUUCUUUAAAAAGGUAUGUAAAAUUGUUCUAUUUUGAAUGUUCAUUCCAUUAACUUAUUGGAGAAAUUGAUACCCGAAAGCUGUACCUUUUGUUAUCAUCUUCAGCAUAGAAAUUUUGGUGAAUCAAAUUAUAGUGGAUAUUAGCUCUAGGCUUAUAUUCGCUUUCGUGUAUUGCGUUUCAGAUUUCAUUAAAAUGUCUACAAACAACGAGGAGGAACUCCGGACAAAAUUCUGGGAUAAGCUUGAGGCUGAAGUAGGCGCUUUUAUACCUCUUCAUAUCAGAAAUAUUUGCAAAUACAAUGGCUUGGACAAUCCACUUUCUAUUCGUUUCAUCGACGAAAGCACAAUUGGCGACAUUGAAGAAUUUGUCAGAAAUACCAUGACGAAGUUACUCGAAAAUGUCGAGGAUAAGGAAAAUUAUUUUGGAGUACAGCAUAAACAAGCAGAAAAUUUCAAAUUCAAUCACGGUGAUAAGUUUCUCCUCAUUAGCCUUGCCAAACACGUCAGAUCAAAACCCCUCGAUUACUACGGUGCCAAAUGUCAGUCGAAAGAAAAAUCUACCGAAGAGAAAAAGCGAUUAGAAUUUUGUGCCAGUGAAGAAAUACGAAAGUUGAAAAAGCAGAUGAGUUCGACCUCGAAUAAAAAACCGAAACGUGACCAAGAUGAGCUCGGAGGUGAGACACUUUCUGAAAAAACUUUCAGAAGAAUGAUGGGUAUGGAAGUUUCGAUAGAAGUGAGGAAGAAAACAAAUCGAAAAAAGGAUAGAAAGGGUGAAAUAUCUGAGGAUGUUUUAGAAGCCACUAUUGAAUGCCCUGUUUGCUCUACAGCUCUAUUUUGUACUAAGAAAUUUGACAUGAUUUCAAGAUGGUCUCUUUCGAAUUAUCACAGACAUAUCAAAGCUCAUGCUGAAAAAGAAGAUGAUGAAAGCUCUUUGCAAAAAAGUAAAACUGUUUCCAACCCUAAAACUCCAAAUUUAGUUGAACAAUCAACUGCUGAAGACUCUCGAAAAAAUUUGCCUGAGUUGGAAAUCAGUCAUGACCAACGCUCUAGUGCUCCUGCAGGUCACAUUACCAAUAUUACCAAGGAUUUGUCCACCGAAGUCAGUGAAAAUAUGGUCCCUACAACCAGUAUUGGCCAAGCUGUAUACGCUAUUCUUAAAAACAAUUCGGGGGAAUAUUAGGCCAGAGUACUUCCGGGACAAAGUACUCUGGUGAUGAGAUCGCUUCAAAUGUCCAAUCUGCUACACCAAGAAACGUUUUCGGUGGCUGUGACUCUCUCAAUAAGAUAUUAACGUCUCCAGCUGUAAGGUACAACAAUUCGACUUUAUUACCUAUGAUUAUUAGAAGCGCGUUAAAUAAUCAUGGAAAACAGAAGCAGGGAAACAGAUAUGAAGUUUCAUUGAAACUGUACUUCACUUACAUUUUCA